AUGGGAGAACGAGAACCAAAGUCAAAGCAAUUUGAAGAUAUUUACUAUGGACUUUCUAGUUCUCCCGGUAUUCUCAAACUGGCAACGAGCGGUCUAGGUUGGAAAACUGCGGAUUCAGAAAAUAUAGUAACUAUCUCUGCUGAAGAUUUCAAAAAAAUUCAAUGGAUGCGUGUCGCAAGAGAUUACCAGCUAAAGAUUGCGCUAAAGAACGGAAGUGCUGCCAGAUUUGAUGGAUUUGUUAAGGACAAUUUCGAGACGUUAAGGGAGUUCAUUCGUACAAAUUAUAAGCUAAAUCUAGAGACAAAAGUUCACCAAUUAAUAGAAAA